GAAGUCGAAUGACGCAAGCUCGAUGAGAAAAGCGUUGGGCUCGCAACGGCUCCUCAUUCGUUACUGUUUAAAAGUUUAAACGUUUUUUUUUAGGCUCGAAAUAUCGGAAAAUAAAAGAAGAGACAUGGCGCUCACCGACGCCGACGUACAGAAACAGAUCAAACACAUGAUGGCCUUCAUCGAGCAGGAGGCCAGCGAGAGAGUCGAGGAGAUUGAUGCAAAGGCAGAGGAAGAGUUCAACAUUGAGAAAGGUCGUCUGGUGCAGACUCAGCGGGUGAAAAUCAUGGAUCACUAUGAGAAGAAGGACAAACAGAUCGAACAACAUAAGAAGAUCCAGAUGUCCCACCUGAAGAACCAGGCCAGACUGAAGGUGCUGAAGGCUCGAGAUGACAUGGUCACGGACCUGCUAAAUGAGGCCCGUCAAAGAAUUGCAGAUAUCGUCAACGACCCGGAAAGGUACUACAAACUGUUGGAGGGUCUGGUGCUUCAGGGAUUUUACCAGCUGCUAGAGCCUAAAGUUACCAUCCGCUGCCGACAACAGGAUGUAGAAAUGGUUCAGGCUGCAGUUAAUAAGAACAUCCUUAUCUACAAGGAGGCAGUGAAGAGUAACUUAACUAUCAGAAUUGACCAGGAUCACUUUCUUCCAUCUAACAUCUACGGAGGAGUUGAGGUAUAUAAUGAUAAUGGGAAGAUUAAGGUUUCAAACACCCUGGAGAGCAGGCUUGAACUCGUAGCACAGCAGAUGAUGCCUGAGAUCAGGGAGACCUUAUUCGGGGCCAACCCCAAUCGCAGAUUCUUGGAUUAAUGGUUAAUUUGAGGAGAACCAUGAGAACACAGCAGGAAACUUCAAGAUUCAGCAGAAGCUCUUAUGUCCUUCUUACCUCACGUCGAUGUCCGGAGAAUUGACAUUGCAGAGGUUUUCCUUCAGGUGGAAAAACUGAGCUGCAUCCCAAAUAUAUCUGCACAUACUUGGCCUUUAUACUGUGAAAGCUACUGCCAAAGUGAUGUUGGUGGGAAAUGUUGCAUUUACACAUCUUUGUCAUCUUUAAGGACAUGUUUACCAACCAAAAGAAAUAAAUUGGGGACACAGUUUAA